AUGCACGAAUGCAUGUUUGUAUUAAUGUACAUGUAUAUACAUAUGUGCAAAAUAUACAGAGAAUACAUUAAAAGUAAACUAGUUAAAAUUGACAAAAUCGAAGAAACAGCCAAAAAAAUGUGUGUGGCUUCUAAUAAUAAACUUAUGUUUUUGAACACAAAAAAAGAGGUCAAGAAAAAAUGA